CUGGAAACUACUAUUAUCACAUCAUUUUAACGUUACGAAUGUUUGCUCAUGACAUUCGGUUAAGAAAUCCGUAUAACAAUUUACAUAUCCGUUAAUGAUAUAUUCAAAGUAACCAACCUAAAGAUGUGUUUGAAUUUUGACUAGACCUUAACUACUAAUAUCUUUUAUAAUCUAAACGUGCUAACCCAGUGAGAUCGAAAGUCAGAAGCGAAGAGGGCCGAAUAUACAGUUGUUAGGAUAUCGAUAUAUCGAGAAGUGAUUGAUCUAAGCUGGCUAGCGGCUGUAGAAGUGAAGCACGGUGUACCCAAGCGCCUCCAUGUAGGUGAGUCUAUUAAAGCUGACGUAGUCAAAAGUCGAAGCCUUACAGAUCUAUUGAUUUCGAUUAUUUAUUUACCGCUAAAAAAAUUAACUACGAUGAGUUGAAAAUUAAUUGCUGUUUUCUAAUACUUGGAAUCGAUAACUGUCAGGUCGAGUACAUCCAAUGCACUGGUUAGUUUACAUCGUAGAUUAACACUUAAUUACAUGUCCUUAAUGAGACUCUUGUCUGACCAAAUUUGUGGGAGCUCAUGAACAACCAAACUGGAUGAAAUGGCUUAGACACCGCUCAAUACAAUGAAACACAAUGUUACCACGUCAAUUGUACUUGAACACCCAGAUUACAGAGUAUCGAUUGUAACUGAUAUGGACGCACGCUUAAUUGAACGACAACCUACCACUCACACGAUGAGGGUUUGUUAUAAUAAUUUAGUCGACUGCUAGAAAUUUUAUUUUUAGCUAAAAACGUACCUCAAUGAACAAAAAUUUUAGAUCGACAGGUAUUUAGAUGUGAUUCGACAGGAUUGUUCAGUACUUUUGUUAAGUGUUAAAAAUUACGAAUUGUUUGACUUUUAUGAUGAAGGACGACUUGUCUAGGUUACUAGCUGCAACCAUACAAAUUUAUACUAAUUUAUCGUGUUGCCACCUGGUCGACAACACUAAAUAUGUGUGAAAAAGUUUCAAUUAGAGAAACAGAAACGGCAAAACGUCUUUGGUCUAGCCUUCUAGAUGAAGUAACAAACAAAGCUAAAGUUGGUCUGUCGGACUCCAAAAAUCUUGUCGUAUUUGGUGACGAUCAGUGCGGAAAAUCAACUUUGAUUUGUCGGCUUCAAGGCAAUGAAGACAAGCGGGAAGGAUUUGGUCUGGAAUAUGAUAUAAUCGAGGUGAAAGAUGAAGUUAAAGAUGUUUCCGCAAACCUGAGCGUCUCCGUUAUAGAUGGAAACCCUAUUCAAAGCUAUCUGUUAAAAUAUGUGAUGACCGAGGACUCGUUCAACGACCAAAUGGCUAUUAUAGUCGUCAGCAUAAAUGAACCUUGGAAAAUAAUUGAAGCUUUGGAAAAAUGGGCAGAAAUACUUAAUAAACACAUUAAUAAACUAAAACUGUCAAAAGAAAUGAUAAAAGCUUGCAAAUCAAGGAAUUCAUAUUUCUGUACUGAAGACAGAUGGUCUACAGCUUAUUCAGUUCUUUAACAGCAUGCUUCUGAGAGUUUCUGAUCUUCUUUCGAAUGAGUCAAUUGAAGGGGCGGACACCACUUUUUAGGAUAACGGAGUCAGAAAAUUCAUGACUCGUUGUGAAAACCUUUUCAAAAGAAUUUUAUGGCUACGCUGAGCCAGAAGCGUCAACAAAUGAUAUUAUUAAUCCAGUAAAUUUAGCUUCACUGUCCACUAUGUAUGCAACAUCUCAAGAAACUACCCCUCAGUUAUCAUUUUUAAAUGAUAAUGAGUCGUUUAUUGAAGAAAUGUACGAGGAUAAUGUAUUAAAUAACAAUCUUGGUGUACCGUUAAUCGUUGUUGUAACAAAGACGGACUUAAUGAAGAUAAUGAUCAAAGAAAAUCAAUAUUCAGAAGAACAUUUUGAUUUUAUACAAAUGCAUAUACGACGAUUUUGUCUUUCGUAUGGAGCAGCAUUAUUUUAUGUGUCAGUGAAAGAAGAUAAAAACUGUGAUUUACUAAAUCGUUACAUUCGGCAUCGUAUUUAUGGGUUUCCUUUUAGUCAAAGUGCAUAUAUAGUAGAAGGAGAUUGUAUUUUCAUUCCAGCAGGUUGGGAUAAUCAUAAAAAGAUUAAUAUCCUAGGUGAAAAUUUAACAAAAAUCAAUGCACAGCAUCCUUUUUCUACUGUUAUCCCAAGACCAGUACCACGUAAAGCAAUUCACAAAGAACCAGAGAUAAUGGCCAUUGAUGAACAGGCUUUUCUCCUUCGACUUUCAACAAUCAAAGAAAACGAGAACAUAGAUCCUAACAUGCUAAAAGAAUUCUUAGGCUCUGGGGGUUUACCGUCCAAUUCAAAACAGCCUGCAAAUAGUUUUAAAAUUGGAUCAGGUGCUAAAACCAUGGAUGAUAACAGUCGUUUACCGAUCAGUCCAACCCCUAUAUUUCGUACAAAAAUUUCUCCAGUAGGUCCAACAAAUAAUCUAACUAGCACUCCUUCUAUACAAGGUACUUCAGAUGGCGUACUAGCUGAUUUCUUUUCAAAUCUGCUUAAAAAGCGACCAGUUGUAAAUAACACUACUGGAGAAACGUCUACUGAGCCUCAGCUUCAACGUACAUCACUAUCAUCAGACCAAAAAGACAAACAACAAGACAACAUGGAUACAAGUGUAAAAUGUUCAAGGAACAGCACAGAUCAAGAUGGGGAAAAACUUUUCACUAUUGGGAUUACAGAAAAACACACAGAGUACGCGAAAGUGGAAACAGAUUUUAACGACAUUACCAAACAAAACGAAUACACGGAGACUGAUCAUGAAAAAGUGAAAAACGAGAGUGACGAGACAACAAAUAAUGCGUCAGGAAAACUAGAAAAAGAUGAACCUCAACAGAAGCAACAAUAUGAGAUAACAAACGGAAAAAAAACAAAAACAAUGGGAGAAAAUAAUGGACGCGAAGAGUCCGAAAAAUUAGUAAGGUACAAUGAAAAUAUACAGUCAAAAAGUGAAAAUACAAACAGCGAGUUACACGAGACGAGUAAUCAGGAUCUCCAAAAUCAAAACAAAACUCCCACUGAACUCAGAGAAAAAAUUGGUGAAGUGGAUAGUUCACAAAAAUUCGACGCUCCUUUGGUCGCCUGUAUGAAUGCGUCGAAGGCACACUUAGAUCCAAUGACUGAUCAACCACCUGUUGUCGAGUUGUCACAAACAUCAGAUAAUCUGACUGACCACAUUGACACAGAGCAUCUAAACAACCAACUCCACACCUCUCCUGACAACACAAAUCCCACUGACCUCAACGACGAAAUCAAUGAAGUGGACAGUGCACCGAACUCCCAGUCGACAAUUGUUCCGAGUCACAUAUCUCCAUUGUUAGGACACACCUCGGAAACCAGUAUCACUACAAUUCGCAGUGACACGAUGACUGAAGGUCGUUCUGACGAGAAUCACGAACUACCUGAGACUAGUCAUCAGGACCUCCAAAAUCAAAACAAAACUCCCACUGAACUCAGAGAAAAAUUGGUGAAGUGGAUAGUUCACAAAAAUUCGACGCUCCUUUGGUCGCCUGUAUGAAUGCGUCGAAGGCACACUUAGAUCCAAUGACUGAUCAACCACCUGUUGUCGAGUUGUCACAAACAUCAGAUAAUCUGACUGACCACAUUGACACAGAGCAUCUAAACAACCAACUCCACACCUCUCCUGACAACACAAAUCCCACUGAUCUCAACGACGAAAUCAAUGAAGUGGACAGUGCACCGAACUCCGAGUCGACAAUUGUUCCGGGUCACAUAUCUCCAUUGUUAGGACACACCUCGGAAACCAGUAUCACUACAAUUCGCAGUGACACGAUGACUGAAGGUCGUUCUGACGAGAAUCACGAACUACCUGAGACUAGUCAUCAGGACCUCCAAAAUCAAAACAAAACUCCCACUGAACUCAGAGAAAAAUUGGUGAAGUGGAUAGUUCACAAAAAUUCGACGCUCCUUUGGUCGCCUGUAUGAAUGCGUCGAAGGCACACUUAGAUCCAAUGACUGAUCAACCACCUGUUGUCGAGUUGUCACAAACAUCAGAUAAUCUGACUGACCACAUUGACACAGAGCAUCUAAACAACCAACUCCACACCUCUCCUGACAACACAAAUCCCACUGACCUCAACGACGAAAUCAAUGAAGUGGACAGUGCACCGAACUCCCAGUCGACAAUUGUUCCGAGUCACAUAUCUCCAUUGUUAGGACACACCUCGGAAACCAGUAUCACUACAAUUCGCAGUGACACGAUGACUGAAGGUCGUUCUGACGAGAAUCACGAACUACCUGAGACUAGUCAUCAGGACCUCCAAAAUCAAAACAAAACUCCCACUGAACUCAGAGAAAAAAUUGGUGAAGUGGAUAGUUCACAAAAAUUCGACGCUCCUUUGGUCGCCUGUAUGAAUGCGUCGAAGGCACACUUAGAUCCAAUGACUGAUCAACCACCUGUUGUCGAGUUGUCACAAACAUCAGAUAAUCUGACUGACCACAUUGACACAGAGCAUCUAAACAACCAACUCCACACCUCUCCUGACAACACAAAUCCCACUGAUCUCAACGACGAAAUCAAUGAAGUGGACAGUGCACCGAACUCCGAGUCGACAAUUGUUCCGGGUCACAUAUCUCCAUUGUUAGGACACACCUCGGAAACCAGUAUCACUACAAUUCGCAGUGACACGAUGACUGAAGGUCGUUCUGACGAGAAUCACGAACUACCUGAGACUAGUCAUCAGGACCUCCAAAAUCAAAACAAAACUCCCACUGAACUCAGAGAAAAAUUGGUGAAGUGGAUAGUUCACAAAAAUUCGACGCUCCUUUGGUCGCCUGUAUGAAUGCGUCGAAGGCACACUUAGAUCCAAUGACUGAUCAACCACCUGUUGUCGAGUUGUCACAAACAUCAGAUAAUCUGACUGACCACAUUGACACAGAGCAUCUAAACAACCAACUCCACACCUCUCCUGACAACACAAAUCCCACUGACCUCAACGACGAAAUCAAUGAAGUGGACAGUGCACCGAACUCCCAGUCGACAAUUGUUCCGAGUCACAUAUCUCCAUUGUUAGGACACACCUCGGAAACCAGUAUCACUACAAUUCGCAGUGACACGAUGACUGAAGGUCGUUCUGACGAGAAUCACGAACUACCUGAGACUAGUCAUCAGGACCUCCAAAAUCAAAACAAAACUCCCACUGAACUCAGAGAAAAAAUUGGUGAAGUGGAUAGUUCACAAAAAUUCGACGCUCCUUUGGUCGCCUGUAUGAAUGCGUCGAAGGCACACUUAGAUCCAAUGACUGAUCAACCACCUGUUGUCGAGUUGUCACAAACAUCAGAUAAUCUGACUGACCACAUUGACACAGAGCAUCUAAACAACCAACUCCACACCUCUCCUGACAACACAAAUCCCACUGACCUCAACGACGAAAUCAAUGAAGUGGACAGUGCACCGAACUCCCAGUCGACAAUUGUUCCGAGUCACAUAUCUCCAUUGUUAGGACACACCUCGGAAACCAGUAUCACUACAAUUCGCAGUGACACGAUGACUGAAGGUCGUUCUGACGAGAAUCACGAACUACCUGAGACUAGUCAUCAGGACCUCCAAAAUCAAAACAAAACUCCCACUGAACUCAGAGAAAAAAUUGGUGAAGUGGAUAGUUCACAAAAAUUCGACGCUCCUUUGGUCGCCUGUAUGAAUGCGUCGAAGGCACACUUAGAUCCAAUGACUGAUCAACCACCUGUUGUCGAGUUGUCACAAACAUCAGAUAAUCUGACUGACCACAUUGACACAGAGCAUCUAAACAACCAACUCCACACCUCUCCUGACAACACAAAUCCCACUGAUCUCAACGACGAAAUCAAUGAAGUGGACAGUGCACCGAACUCCCAGUCGACAAUUGUUCCGAGUCACAUAUCUCCAUUGUUAGGAACUACUUCAGACAUGUUAAUCAGUUUAUUACCUGAUACUAAUACCUCGUACGUUGGUCUUUCCGCCAUUCUAGCUAACGAAUGUAAUGUGGCUGUUUUACCUGAUAUGGCUAUAUCGGGAUCUGAUUCUACAUCCAUUGUUCUUGCUGAUGCAGGAUAUUCCGAAAAGAUAUCGUCAAAUGAUAAUUCGAUUUUGUCUGAGGAUUGUUCGAAAACUGUUACUUCACCGAUAAAUGAAGAAACUACAUCUCGUGCUCCUUCAGUGAUCAAUUCACCACUCUCCAUUCAAAAGUCCCUAGAACGUAUAAAAGUUCAUUCGCGUUUGAAACCGUCGUCUUAUACGAACACCACAAUUCAGAAGAACAAAUCUUUACCGCCAAGCCCUAAACUAUUACGAAAACCAACAGUUAAACAACACAUAAGUGGUUCACAAAGGUCACCUACAGUGACUGGACCGAAUUUUGGACAGACAAAUAUUUUAACGAAUACUAAAACAAAGUAUGCAAUUUCAACAAGUGCGAAUGCAUCACCUAAUCUUAUCAGAAAACCAUUAUCGUCCUUGUCAAAGAACACUGAUAGUAAAAAGUAG